GAGAAGUGGAUGAGAUUCCACUUCGCCGCACCCCCCAUCAUCGUCUCCCCCCUCCCAUCUCCGAACCAUCAGAUCAAGAAGCUUUGGGAGAGAAGCUCCGGCCGCCAGCGACAAUGCCGCUCUGCAGCUUCUACGCCUCCACGUCCCUCCCGGUGGCGAAACCCCACUCCUUGCCCUCCUCCGCCGCGGCGGUCACCACCGUGCAGGCAAAGAAAUCGCCGCCGGCCGUGGCUGCGGCUGCGGCGGCGACCGUCCUGCCGACGACGGCCGAGAGCACAGCGUCGAUGAUGCCGGCGGAGGCGCUGUCGCUGCACCUGCCGGAGCUGCCGUCGGCGAUGCGGGACAAGAUCCUGAGCCUGGAGCUGAUGGGGGUGGACUACGGGCGCGCGCUGUCGCUGAACCCGGCGCUCCGGGGCGCGGCGCCGGAGUCCAUCCACGCGGUGGUGACCUUCCUCCAGUCGCGCGGGCUCCACUUCAAGGACCUGGGCCGCGUCUUCGGCAUGUGCCCGUCCGUGCUCACCGCCAGCGUCCGCGCCGACCUCCGCCCCGUCUUCGCCUUCCUCACCGACGACCUCGGCGUGCCGGAGGCGGCCUACCGCCGCGUGGUCGUCAAGUGCCCGCGCGUGCUGGCCUGCAGCGUCCGCGACCAGCUCCGGCCGGCGCUCAUCUACCUCCGCCGCCUCGGCUUCCGGGACAACCGCGCGCUGGCGUUCCAGGACCCCAUCCUCCUCGUCUCCAGCGUGGAGCGCACCAUGGCGCCCAAGCUGGAGUACCUGGCCGGGCUGGGCAUGUCGCGGGACGACGCCGUGGCCAUGGCGCUCCGGUGCCCGGCCCUCUUCACCUUCAACGUGGAGAGGAACUACAGGCCCAAGUUCGAGUACCUGGUGGGGGAGAUGGGCGGCGGCGUGGAGGACGUCAAGGCCUUCCCGCAGUACUUCACCUUCAGCCUCGAGAAGCGGAUAGCGCCGCGGCACCGUGCCGCCGCCGACGCCGGCGUCGACCUGCCGCUGCCGGACAUGCUCAAGGCCACCGACGAGGAGUUCAGCGAGAUGCUCGAGAGGAGAAGGAGCAGAUGAAGCGUGCAGUAUGGCCGCCGGCCGGCCGGCUGAGCGCGGCGUGCGCCAUGCUCAUGCACGCAGGCGGCCGGCGGGUGCUUUGUACACUUGCCACCGAGCUAUGGCGACCACGGUCUGUACUGUACAUAAUGAUCAAUGGUCGAUGCCACGGCUCCCGACUCACAUCGUGAAGUGAUGGUGCUUCUUUCUUUUGUAGAGGAUGUAUAAUAAGUAUACCAAUGAAGUAGUCGAGAGCCAAAGUGAAUUUCUCGGACGUGCCAUGUGUAUAGUGUUCAUAACACAUGUUGGGGCUGUAAAUAAAGUCAUGGAGGAAAGUUCAA